AUGACGUCCCCAAGGUUUAACAAGUGGACGGCGGGGACGGAGGUUGCGAGAGCCUUGGAAGAUCAGAUCCGGGGCAAACAGGUUCUCAUCACGGGGGCGAGCCCGCAAUCUCUUGGGGAGGCUGCCGCGCUAGCCAUUGCGACCGCGAAGCCGGCGGUGCUGAUCUUGGCGUCCAGAACGCCGUCGAAACUCAACGCUGUGGCUAGGCAUGUCCGGGAGGUAAUCGAGGGGUGCAGCUCCCCCGCAUCGACGGCUAGUGCGGAUGGCACAAGCUCGACAAUCGUCGAGACCGUGCAGCUAGACUUGGCGUCUCAAGCUUCGCUCCUGUUGCCGCAGCUCUUGGAGGCGGCUAGCAAUGGCCCCGCGGGGUCUACACGGGUGGUGAAUGUCUCGAGCAGCGCCCACCGCAUCUCACCCCUGCGGUUUGGAGACUACAACUUCGAGGGCAAGCCGCUCCCGCAAAACGAGAAACCUCGGGCAGGCUUUCCCGGCACCGUGGCAUAUGCCAUGAGCAAGUGCGCCAAUGUCCUCUUCACAGUGGCGCUCAAGGAGCGGCUUCGGGAGCGAGGAAUAGAUAGCUUCGCGGUGGAUCCCGGAGUUAUCCGUACUGGCCUCACAAAGGAGAUCGGUCCGGGGCUCAGAAAGCAGCUAGAGUCGCUACCCCAAGAUGGCUGGCAGUCGCCUGACCAAGGUUGCGCAGUGUUGUUGGUUGCGGCAUUCGACCCCUCAUUAUCGGGGUCCGAAGCCAUCUAUUUGCAAGAUUCCCAAAUCUCUCGUCCAGCGUCGCAUGCUUCGGAUAAGGUCAAAGCCCAAAGGCUAUGA